AUGUUUCGACUGCCGGCGCCAGUUCACCAGAUCCAUAUUCGCACUCCUCGGGCUUCUCGCCCAGACCUCAACUUAAGUCAGGAAGAGCUGGUCGAAAUCCGAGCCUCCCAGCGGACUUUUGAAGGCGCUUACUUCCGAACCUCUAUAUCUCUCUUCACUUUUUCGCUCAUCAUCCUCAAAGUGUUUACCUUCGAAUUUUACCCGAUUGGCGCUUUAUUUGCAGGCUAUGGCGCUGUUAUCAUGGCCAUAUCCGCGUAUCGGCGAAGCGAAAGUAAUCGGCAGUUCUAUAUUGUCGAGGACAAGGAAGAAAACGAGUUACCGGUAGACCAAAGACGUGGCGCAAAGCGGGUCUUUAGAACUAGUGGUAAUACAGUUAUCGUUUGCGCUAUUACAUCAGUCAUCGCAUAUAUCAUCCUCAUAUACUUGGUUUUGCGUCUUAAUGUCGACCCAAAGGCGUCUCGGAAACCCAGCAAGCAAAUCCAGAACCUGAGUGGUGCAAUCGCACUUGGAAGCACCUAG